AUGACAACGGAACCGCUGUGCUCACCUGACUAUAACAACACUUAUCUCGAUUCAAUUGAAUUCUUUUCAAUACUUCUCCAUACUAUAGGAGUUGUCUCAGCUCCCAUUCAUAUCUUCGGUGGCUUCUGUAUUUUGUACAAGACUCCAAAAGAAAUGAGCUCUGUCAAACCAAGUUUGCUAUAUUUAGAGUCAUCCACUUUCAUACUUGACUUAACAUUAUCGAUUUUUUGCACUGUUAACGCAUUGAUUCCGCUAAUGGCCGUAUAUCCAAUAGGUAUUCUUACUCAACUUGGAAUUAGAGUUCCCGAAGUGUUUUAUAUUCUGGAAAUUAUUGCAGCGAUGUUCGCAUGCUCUGUCAUUGGUCUAUUUGAAAAUCGCUUAUUUAUUCUGAUGAUCGAUAAAAGGUUGUGGGGGCAAAUACGCAUUCCAUUUCUUGUUUUUCUACAUUUAACAGGCCUUGUGUAUUUUUAUCCGAACUAUAUAACAAUGCCACCUGGUGUCGAAAAUCAGAAAGAGUUCAUUUUGAAGGCAAUCCCGUGUCUUCAUCCAGAAGUACGUAAUGCUCCAUUAUACCUGAUUGUGGAGGACAAGUGGAAAUUCUUGUUCUGGACAGCCUGUGAAACUCUACUAUUCGCUUUCACAAUCGUCGCAAUGUUCAUUUUUAUUAUCAAAGCUCUCAGAAAUUACGGCCAUAAUCGAUCUCAGAGAACCAUUGAUAUGCAGAAAAAGCUUAUUCAAGCCAUUACACUUCAGUUGGCUAUUCCAUUUUUUAUUAUAUUUAUUCCAAUAAGCUACUAUACAUUUUCAAAUUCCUAUUAUGCAGCUGUCAACAAUAUCAUGUACGUUCUCAUGGCAACCCAUGGAUCAUUUUCUACAGUUGUGAUGAUUAUUGUGCAGAAACCAUAUCGGGAAUUUCUUCUGACUGUGAUUUUAUUAAAUAGAAGAUGUCGAACUCUUGCCAGUCGGCCAACAAAUUCAGUUAGCAGCGGGCUUAUUGCAACUCGAAUGUUUUAA